CUUAGGCAGCCCUCUGAGGUAUUUACAUACUUCAAGUAGCUGUGUUUUUUUUUCUCUUUUGCUGUAUUUUGAAAUGAUGAGGAAAUACUAAACUUAAGAAAUUCAUUGGAAUUUUAUGGGGUUUUAGAUUCUUGCACCUGUGGAUUUUAUCCCACUGUUCUGCACACAAAUUUGUAUAAACAAGAAAUAAGGGUCACUAUGGCAUGUGAAGAACAAGGCCUACAGGAGGAGGAAACUGAAAAAUUAUGGGACAAGAUUGAAAGUUUUCGUCAUGUGCUCACCCGCACAUUGAACCCUGCCAAGCUGACUGCAUACCUGAGACAGUGCAGGGUCCUUGAUGAGCAGGACGAAGAUGAAGUACUGCAUUCACGUCAUUUACCAGCCAGAGUGAACAGGACAGGUCGGUUGAUGGACAUACUUCGAACCCGAGGUAGAAGAGGCUAUGAAGCCUUCUUGGAAUCCAUGGAGUUUUAUUACCCCGAGUUUUACAUUAGGCUCACUGGCUUGGAACCUCAACAACGUUGCUCCAUAAUAUUAGAUGAAGAAGGUCCUGAAGGUCUAACCCAGUUCUUGAUGAUGGAAGUGAAAAGACUUAGGGGCCACUGGCAUGAAAAGCAGAUUCAAGAACAUCAGCUUCGUACCAAGUGCAAGCAAAUGGAAGAGGAAAACAGACAAUUGCAUUUAAAGGUACAAGACUUGGAGACACACCAGACCCGCUACAACAAGAUGAAACAAGAAUGGGAUCAGCAGAAUGAGAGCGUCCUAAAGCUAAAAGAUGAAAAUUACACCUUAGCCAUGAGAUAUGCUCAGAUGUGUGAAGAAAAGACCACAAACAUCACACGGUGCAGAGAUCUGCAACUGAAGGUGGAUCAGCUGAAAUUCAAACUUAGUGCAGCGGAAGAGGAAUAUAAUCUGAUGAGGAUGCAUUCCACAGAGCGCAUCAGUGAUAUGAAAAAGAUAAAUAAGAAAGAGAGUCUGGAAGAUAUGCAUGCAGAAAAUGACAAGCUGAAGUCUACCUUGCAAGCAUUUCAAAGUACUAUCCAGGCUACAAAUGCCAGUCUGCCUCAAGCUGAAAGAAUUCUACUGGAUAUUUUAGACCACGACCGAAAGGAAGCCCUAGAAGAUCGUACAGACCUCUGUAACAAAAUACAGGACCUACAGAGAGAACUUCAACAGGCUGAGAAGCUGAGGGAUAUGUAUCUAGAAGAAAAGGCUAGUCUAGAUCUUCGAAAACAGACACUAGAAAAUGACUGUGAAAUGUACAAGCAACGAGCAAACACUCUUCUGUCUCAGCUGGAAGAGGUUGAAAAAGAAAGAAACUUGGCCAUUAUAAAUCUUGACACACUACAGCAGCAGUAUUCCCAGUGUUUGUCAGACAAAGACAGAUAUCGAAGACAGGUUCGAGAACUUGAAGAGCAAAUUGAAAGACUUCGCCACCAGAUGACAACAGUGAAGGAAAACACAGAAUUUAAACUUCAACAGUGGAAAUCCAACAGUUCUAUAAAUACAAUGGCGGGUAGAGAGCUAUCAGUGUGGCCUGAAAGUCCAUUCUGUUGUUCCAAAGAAUCAAUUUCUCCCAUGGACUCUGAUGAAAAUGAUGACUGUGAACGAGAAAUCAAUCGCCUUUCCACCUUCCCCUUCCCUCCAUGUAUAGGAUCCAUUCUUCGUCGGCAGAAGGAUGUGGCAUCAUUUAAAGACUGCAGCAGCAGUUUUUUUAAAAAACGUUUUGGAAGUGAAGACAAUCUCCCAGAAGUACUAACUACAUCAACUAGCAGUACAUCUUCUUCUGUAAACCUGUCUGACUUAACUGAAUCUACAGAACAAAAUCCAACUAGUCCCAACAGCCUCCAGUCCUUCAAGAUCCACAGGUCCUUACUUCAAAGCUUUGACUCCCCUUGUAUUGCCAGCAGCAUCAAGCAUAAAAACAGUAAUUUGGGAAAAGAUAUUCAAAUAACGGGAGGAAACCAAACAGGCAUUUUUGUGAAGUGGGUGAAGGAGGGGUCAAAAGCUGAGAAGAUUGGGUUGAAGGAAGGAUGCCAACUUCUAAAGCUUCGUCGUGAUCUUCAAACAGAAGAAACAGUGUCUCUGGACAGCUGCAGCAGGGAAGUUGGUCAUCUGGUCCUACAGCAGUGGAGGGAAUCUGCAUGUCUUACAUUUCAACAAAAUAUGUCUGGCUACAGAGAGCUUCAAGAGGGCAUUGAAACUGGGAAAAUGAUUUCUGGCGAUUCAUUCUACAUUCGCACAAAUCUGAGUGUCGCAGAACAGUCUGACUGUUGUCCUUUACAUGUCAAUUGCAAUGAGAUCCUGCAUGUUUUAGAUACCAUGUACAAAGACCGCCAUGAGUGGUACUGUGCACGAGUUGACCCUGUGAACAUGCAUGACUUAGAGAAAGGAACUCUGCCUAACUACAGCAGGGCACAGCAAUUAAUGCUGGUAUGUUUGGAUACACUGACUUUAAGAAAACACAAAGACAAGAAAUGCAAAAUAAAGAAGACUAUUUUGCAUCAUCUGCGUGUUAAAUGGUCAAAAUGCAGUGAACACGGAACAUCACAGAGCUCUAAAGAACUCAUCAUUGAUUGCUGCCAACGUAACAGUGAUUGCAUCAUGCCUUACAGUGUAGUGAGCCCCAUAACAACACAAAGAGCUCGGCCUGUCAUAUUUGCACCAGCUAUAUUAGCAAAUGGUUUAAAUUCAAAACUGCUUCAACUAUCAACACAAGGGAUGGAGUUUGAGGAAUGCCCUUCAGAGGUCAUCAACAAAGAAGACGUAAUAAAUUCAUCAGAGGUGUUCUUGCUACGAAACACCGAUGAAACCAAAGCCGAGUAUGUUAGGUUACAAUCUAUUCAAGCCUGCAUUGCAAAGAAUAAGCACUGUUUGUUAAAGCUGGAAAAUCAGUGUUUCUCCCAGUUAAUCAGAUACAAAAUAUACCCAAUAAUCAUAUACAUCAAAGUGACAAAGAAAAACCUCCCAAAAUGCAGGAAGCUGAUGCCAAGUUCUGAAACAGGUAACACAGAUGUUCUGACUUUAUGCCAGGCAGAGGAGAAGCAAUUGGAAAAACUUCCAUGCUUAUAUUCUGUUGUAGAGCCAAACAAUUGGGGAAGGAGUGAAGAGCUUAUAAGGGUCGUGCGAGAUCAAAUUCAAAAGGAGCAGAAAAAAGUCAUCUGGAUUGAAAGUGACUGGAUAUAAAGUCUUUGAUGGAAUAAAAACAACACUGGUGGUGCAUUCAUUUUAAUACGAUGGACUCUGGUUUCUAAGACUCACAUCCACUACCAACUAAAUUUGUUGAAAUAUGCAAUAAAACAUUGUUUGAAUUUUG